AUGACUGGCAUCCCAAACAUGGCGGGCAACAGUCGGGCGCAACGGCUUGGCUCCCUUUACAGAUUUUCACGUGUCAGCAUAACUUACGUAAAUCUCGAACUUUUUGACGGGCAGGGACGGGCUCUCACGGGCCUAAAAAGCAGGCGCGACGGGAGUCAUAGCCAGCCUCAAUGGCCAACAAGGGUCGCAAAUACAGCAGGCAAGUCGCACUCGCAACGGACAUGCUGGAUCCCGCAAACCUUGCAUGCCCCUACAUGGAGGGCUUCUCGUGGGCAGUCGUACAGUACGUGGAACGAAGCAAAAGGGCGGCGCCAGCUGUCAAUAGCUUACUUGCUAUCAGUGUUCUAUUUCCUUAUUCUUCUCCUUAUUUCGGGAAAGGGCAUUGCACUGGACUGGCAGGCUGGUUUGGAAUAUGCCUCCUUCCUUGCAGCGACCGCCUCUGCUCCACCUGCAUCCGUUGCCGCACCACCCAUCUCCUUCAGCCUCUGGCCAAGCCAAGUCACCAUCGCAUCGACCUCCCCGCCCCAAAUCUUCCCGUCCUCGGUCCCCUGCCAAAGCCUCAUCGACCCCUACCUUGUCUUCGCCGUCACCGUCACCAACAUUAUUCCGCUCACCAAGCUUUACAGCGCCUCCAUCGCCUUCCCCCACACCAUUUCGCCGUCCUCCACCUGCGCGUUCUCCGACAUCACCACCGCCUGCGAAGCGGCCAUCGCCUUUCAAAUCACCAUUACACCGUCCUCCACCUGCGCGUCCUCCCACAUCGCCACCGCCUGCGAAGCGGCCAUCGCCUUUCAAAUCACCAUUACACCGUCCUCCACCAGCGCGUCCUCCCACAUCGCCACCGCCUGCGAAGCGGCCAUCGCCUUUCAAAUCACCAUUACACCGUCCUCCACCAGCGCGUCCUCCCACAUCGCCACCGCCUGCGAAGCGGCCAUCGCCUUUCAAAUCACCAUUACACCGUCCUCCACCUGCGCGUCCUCCCACAUCGCCACCGCCUGCGAAGCGGCCAUCGCCUUUCAAAUCACCAUUACACCGUCCUCCACCUGCGCGUCCUCCCACAUCGCCACCGCCUGCGAAGCGGCCAUCGCCUUUCAAAUCACCCACCGGCCUCGGCCGCUACCGCCCUACCCAGCCCAUCGAAUCUCCCCCGUCCAAAUUCCUAAUACCUUCAUCGUCCCCAUCGGCUCAACAGCUGCUGAUGGGACACCCGAAAGGGCGCCCCAGCCAGCAGCCAGUUACACCAGGCCAGACCAAUGGGGCCUCAUAUUCCCUUAG